CUCAAAAUGGCGGAAAAGCUUCGGUGGUUGCUACGUGCAACAUAACAGUUAUGUUACCAUAUUCAUUGCGGUGAUUUCGUAGAAGAUGACUCGGAGUGUGAAAGAUUUGCGAGAACUUAUCAACGUCUCCAGAUUGUCAUAUCGUGAUGACGAUGAGGAAGAGGAACUGUAUCAUAGUAGUAGUCCAGAAUCAUUGCAAGAUUUUGAUGACAUUCCACUUGAAGUCUCGCAGCCUGCUCUACCAAAGAGACGUAAUAAGGACUUAGAACCUUUACCUAUGAAGGGAAAGCCUGAGAGUCCUCCAUUAAGCCCUGGAUCUUCAGACAGAGGGUCACCAUUACCGCCGAUUGGUGCCUCAUCAAGUGCUAUAUCUAGCCCAUCUUCUUCUGGUAGGAAUUCACCAACAGUUCGCUCCCAAAAUGCAAACGACUAUGGGGCCCGAAGGAAGGAUACUAAACGACAGAAACCUAAUUUUGAUUCUGUUCUUCUUUACAUGGACGCGACUGUCGUUAGUGAUUGGCUAACAAGAGCGAAUACUUCAAUUCAACAACUGACCUCGUGGUUGCAUUUUAGUGACAAUUUUAUUCAAUUUGCCCACUUUUGGCUGUCUGAAAUGCCAAGAUCAAAACAAAGAGAGCUUAUAGAAAUGGAGUUCACAAUUUCAAUGGAGGAAAUCAAAUUUGCUUUUGGAGCUGGCUUGAACGGAGGAUCUGUUUCGAGUCAAGAUAUUGAUGCCUUUGCUAGAUCUGUGUUUUGGGAAUACCCGGAAAAGUUUCAUAACUCUGAAACUAAAGAUUUCUUCCUCAAAAUUUUACUGUGUUUGUGUUCUGGAAAGAAAAACACUUACCGUGCCCUUCUCUCAGAUGUUCAGUGUUCAACAUCAAACAAGCAGUAUGUGCAACUUAUAUUAGCGACAAGAGCAUUUGCAGUUGUGAAUAUAUGCUCAGGGGUACUGGAAUUUUACAAGCAGGCAUUCAACAGAAGUAGCUACAAAGACCUUAAAGAAAAUUUUCUUGUUAGUAAAACUCUUACUACUAUAGCAACUGAAUUUGCAUUUCAAGCUGUACGGAAAAACCUUCCAGAUGUCCUUGGUUAUUUCCUGCAGAAUUAUGGUUUACAGCAUAACACCCUUAAGGACAGCAGUGGUAAAAGCCUUGUUUUUGUAUCUGUUCUCAGCAGCAAAGAAAACAUCCUGAGUUCUCUAUUGAAGGUAGUGAAAUGUUAGGUGUAUUGCUACUGUUGCUAUUGUUGUUGUGGCUAUUAUGUCAUUGAUCAUCAGGCAAGCAAGCUGGAGAGAAGCAUGUUAGGAAGCAGAUGUGCGUGUUGUUGUAGCCAGCUUUUUCAGAUUAUUAAGGUUGCAAGAGAGGAUGAGUUGUACGGCCAGAUCAAAUGAGGGCUGUCGAUGAGACAAUGUUGAAAAAAGUGGAAGGAACAUGCAUUUUUUCAAAGUGAGGAGGGUUGUUAUGGUAGAAUUUAAAGGAACUGGGGGGAGGGGAGGGGAGGGGAGGGGAGGGGAGGAGAGAAAACCUAGGCCUGAUUGGUCAUCUUGUCCUGUGGUGUCGAAACUGCAAGACUUCACCCUGAACAUAAGGAUAUAGAAGUCAGGCUAGGGAUUAAAAAUUCACCGGUUUGUCUCUCUAAUCUUGGAUUACACAUUUUACUUUUUAUGUUUUGUAUUCAAAGCUGAAUCCAAGAGUGGAUAUCAAUGAAAAGGCACCUUCUGGGAACACUCCCCUUCAUGCAGCAGUGAAUACAGGUAAUAUCACCCUGGUGAAGGUGUUGAUUAAUGCUGGAGCAGAUGUCAAUGCUUGGAAUCCUGAAUGUGAAGGAGCAACACCACUUCAUCUUGCCAUAAUGAGUGGUAAGUAGUGUUAGUAAAGAGUGGUAUAUUGUCAGAAGAAUGCAAAAAUUAGCCAGUUGCAGAGACUGAGACCUAAAUGCUCAAGAAGGCUACGAAGAAGGGGAGAGUGAGGCUCAAUUACCAACUGCUGUUCAGGACAUGAGCUCCCCUCUCCAAAAAAUAAAAUUGAAGACCACACCCAAGAAGAUGGCAGAAGUUGAGCUGAGGGAGGGGCAUGAGUCAGUAACAUGUGCUGCAAUGCUUGAAAUAAUUUCUUGGGGGCACCAGUCAAGUUGUCUGGUUAAACCUUUUUUUCCUAUUUUUGCUCAGCCAUAACCCAUUUUUGGCCUGACAAACAUCCUUUACCUCAUAUCUCUAUAAAUCCCUCCCCCCCAUACAUGAACUAUUGAAAAAAAUGUGUGGCCAUCAGAAGAGAGGACCAGACAAAACUCAUAGUUGACUGGACAUUGAUUAUCUGUUGUGUUGACUGGCCAUUAUUUCAAGCCCUGUGCUGCAGUGACACCUAAAAAGCAGCACUAUAAAAACUAUUUACCCCUCCCCCCCCCUACUGCCAUAAAAAAAGUCAUGGCUGUUCUGCAGGCAGUAGAAAGUAAAUUUAUUAAAAUAUUUAUUUCCUCUAUUUGAGUAAAUUGUUCCCUUUUCGCAGGUAAUGCUGAAAUGGUCUCAGUGAUGUUAGAGGCAAAAUGUGAUCUGGAUGUUAAGAUGGGCAUCCCUGCGACUGUGACACCCAUGAGCUUAGCUGAAGAUUUAGGACUUGAUGACAUUGUUGAGCUCCUAUCUAAAUUCACAGUGUCCAGAUGAGAAGUUCUACCUCAGAAUAUUAGCUUUCACCGCAAGAUGGAUUGUUGGGGAACAGCUAAAUUUGAUUUUUGGGUGUACUGAAGUGUUGCUUUGUAAAGAAGUGAAGGUCUUUGUAAAACUUGCCUCAUCUCAUGAACACAAAACUACUGCUAGCUAUAUCACCAAUAAGAAAUGAGAAACAUGUAGGAUUCAUUCUGGUGUAGAGUAUCAAGACAACUGCCAGAAGGCUUUUUCACAGAUAAGACUUGAAAUCACUCACAUUUCCCUCCAGAAAUUCUGAAAACAAUUUUCCAAGUAUCACUAGGAUUCUAAGAAAGUAUUGUGAAAGUGAACACUGCUGUAAUAUUCAAUGGCUGUCAUUCUCAUUAGAGACUACAUCUCUCAUUCGUGUGUGUAUUUUUCUCUCUUCCAAGUUUCCAAAUUGAGUUUUCUUGAGGAGAGGUUUCAAAACUAUAGUCCCCAGAAUUACCAUGCAC